AAUUGUUAUUUUUCUCAAGCAGCAACGAUAAAAAAGAUAUCUAAAAGGCCCAAAUAAGAAAUUGAGAAAAGGCCCAAAUAGAAUUCGUGCGACUGUGGAAUUUAGGGUUUUGCAUCGAAGUUGGUUUUUAGGUAUUAAGUGAGCGAGGCGUCGAAGCUAGGGGUUUGGGUAGAGUAGUAAGAUGGCCAAGUACAACGAGAUUGCGAAGAAGAAGAGAGAGGCUAAAGCCGAUAGAAAACGAGCCAUUCACGGCGAUCCUCUCACCAAUAAAUUGAAGACCAGAACUCCGGUCCCCUCCGUCUCCGGCAAACGUCAGAGAAAGCUCCUUCGCAAAUGGCGCAGAGAGCAGAAAGAUAUGGUGGAGAAGGGUCUUGUUACUAUGGAAGAUGUGGAGAUGGCUUCUGCUCAAGCUGCAUCAGAAGACUCCAAGAAAUCCCCCAGAAAAUUUAGCGUUAAGAAGAGCUUGAAGUUGAACAAACUAAAUAAUAAAGGCAAAAAGAAGAAAAACCAGAAAGCCAGUGGUGAAAAAUCUGCUGAUUGUAUGCUAGAAUGAGUGUCGUGUAUACCUGUAAACCCAUUUCUUCUAACGGAUGAUAGAGGUUUCUCAAUGUCUGGUUAGAUUCUUUCAAAAAUGUGAAACGUGUGUUUUUGCAUCCGGAGGAUGCGAAGCAGAGGAAUGGAGGGUUUGAUAUGAUUUUAUUUAAGUUUUCCGAAUCCUUUAAUUUCUCAAUCUAAUUUUUGUCUUAUCAAAAUAUCAUAUUUUGUAUUCAUUCUUUCUGGUAUGUGGUGCCUUUGACGGAGAGUUAGAAUAUGGAGCAAUUUGAUAAAAACCCAACUCAAUUUUCCUUUCUCUCA